AUCAAACGUAUUAAUCUGCAGACCUUCGCGUAUUUAAGGACCAUAAAACCAUCGUAUCUCCAAAAUAAUCAUGUACAGAGUUUACUCUGCGCCCCUAUCUACGAAAGGGGCUCGUUUUGUACACUGCUUCGUAUUCUAUUUUUAACCUAUCAAAGAAUCUUCUUUUAGUAGUGAUGUACGCUAUGCCGUCCCAGAUUUCUUCAAGUCUUACUUCAUGAAUGGUUUCAGUCUGAAAUUUUACAAUGUAAAAUCCCAAUAAAGCGUAUGGAAUUUAAAUUGUACGAAACAGCGUGGCCAAAAAUCGUAUAAACUAUCGUUGAAAUAGUAAAAACAUAAAAAGUUUAGUUAAAAAAUUGAUAAAAUAUCUAGGAAAUUGUGACUCGAGGUAGCAUUUACAUGAUGUAUCUAUGUAAUCUUCGUCGACGAUGUAGCUCUUCACGGCUGAUCGUCGUCGAGUUUGCGCCAACCCGGAUGAAAAGUAAAGGUGGGGAUUGCGUCCAGUCACUCGUGUCCGGAGAGAUGAGAAUCAUCGGUGAUGUGCGUGUGCACUGGUCUCGGGGAGGACAACAUAAGGUUCAUCCUUCUUUUUAUUGUCUUAGUGGUAUACAUGUUAGCCGGAGCUACGCUCUUUCAACAAUUAGAAGCUGACCUUGAAGUUCGACAGGCGGCAGAAUUUUGGCGCGUUUAUCAUACUUUUCGAAGACAUCACUUGCAACGUAGUCCAGUCGCUUUGCAAAGAUUAGACGAACUGUUGUACGCUUAUGGAAACGCUUCAUCGUCUGGCAUCAUCAACAAGAGUCGCCGAUGGGAUUUUCCUGGAAGUUUCCACUUUGUUAGCACCAUUGUUUCCACAAUCGGCUACGGGAACACUACACCGCAAACAAGUCUUGGCAAAGUGCUUGCUGUUCUCUAUGGUUUUAUCGGUUGUUCCGGUGGAAUUUUGUUCUUCAAUUUGUUCUUGGAAAGGAUUAUCACAUUUCUCGCUUGGAUUCUGCGUAAUGCACACGCACGUCAUUUGAGAAGACGUAUACGGAAAAACUCUGUAACAGAUGCUGGCAAACGUCGUUCGUUUAGAUCGUCAACAGAGGAAAAGACUACUCUGCCUGAUAUACUUGACGACGACGAUGAUGGCAGUUUAAAUAUGCAAGAAUGGAAACCAAGCGUAUAUUUGGUUAUGCUUUUCCUUUCAGUAGUGUGUUGUAUUAUAGCUUGCUGCGCUGCUGCUCUUUACGCUCCUCUCGAAAGUUGGAAAUACUUGGACGCACUUUACUUUUGCUUCAUUAGCUUCACGACCAUCGGUUUCGGGGAUUUCGUUAGUACCGAAAAAUCACAUUAUCCAUACGUUCAUUGGUAUCGUAUCGCUAACUUCUUAUUCCUGCUGAUCGGCUGCUGUUGCACCUAUUCUCUGUUAAACGUAACUUCGAUUAUAAUAAAACAAGGAUUAAAUUACAUGAUACAAAAAAUACAAUGCAGAAAUCAAGAAAUGGCUGCGUCACAUUUACCGAGAAGAAAGUCCUACAUGUCUACGGUGUAUUUUUCCAAAAGGAGAGGAACCAGAGUAGCUGCAAGGGAUUCCUUUAAGGGGGAUGAUUCAGAGUCGUCUAGAAGGAUGUCUGGAGAAUUAAUUUCUAUGAAGGAUUUUUUUUCAGCAAACAAUGUUUCAUUGAUUGUGAUGCAAAAGCAACUGCAUGAAAUGGCUCAGUUGCAAAGAGGUACCAGUUCAAUUGCCGCGGCGUCUAACACGGUUAUUAAACCCGAUGCCGUUGGCCCUUUAGCUAUUGUUAGCGAGAAGUUUCAGAGCAAAAUUUCCAGAAAUAGGUAAAACAGAUUUGGAACUACUGAAAAAGAAAAAGAAAUUUAUUCAAGUUAAUAAAACUAUAUAGAGGAUAGAAGUACUUAUCU